AUAGAUGUAAUUUAUUAAAAAAAAUUGUUUGGCCAAAUACACCAGAAGCAAGGUUGCUGGUUUUGCAUGACGGGUUUCUGAAGCCUGAAUAUUUAUUGGUGCGGCUGCCUCACUGUGAAUGGGAGCGGAUUGACCGCCUUGAUAAUUUCUAGAAUGUGCAGGGGCGAGCGGGGAAUGGUGGGUAGCGUUGUUCCCUCUGAGUCAGAGUGACGCAGGCGGAGGCAGAGUCGACAAGCAGCCGUGCUCCAUCCAUAGAGGACGGGCACACCAGCACACUCCUUGCUACGCGGAGGCUAACGAAGAGAAAAACAGCAAGAACUCGCUUCUGGGUCUCUUUCUGUAGCCCUGUAAAGAUGACGAAAGAGGACGCAGUAGAAGUUGAGGCCCAGCCAGCCUCAGGAUUUCAGAGCCCGGUUCUGGAGAUGAGGAAGAGGCCCAUGGUGCACCACUCUGCUCCGGCACCGCUUCCCAAGGACUACGCCUUCACCUUUUUCGAUCCCAACGACCCUGCUUGCCAGGAAAUCCUGCUUGACCCACAGACCACCGUCCCCGAGCUCUUCGCUAUCAUCAGACAGUGGGUGCCGCAGGUGCAGCACAAAAUCGACGUCAUCGGAAACGAGAUUUUAAAGAGAGGCUGCCACGUGAACGAUCGAGACGGACUCACAGACAUGACUCUGCUGCACUACGCCUGCAAAGCAGGUGCUCAUGGUGUCGGUGACCCGGCCGCGGCGUUGAGGCUGACCAAUCGGCUGAUUGCCCUGGGUGCCGACGCCGGUCUACGGAGCCGCUGGACGAACAUGAACGCGCUGCACUACGCGGCUUACUUCGACGUACCUGAGCUCAUCAGGAUCUUACUGAAAGGGUCAAAGCCAAGAGUGCUGAACUCCACAUGCAGCGAUUUCCACCACGGGACUGCCCUGCACAUCGCUGCUUCAAACCUGUGCCUGGGAGCUGUGAAGUGUCUGCUGGAACACGGAGCCAACCCCACUGUCCGGAACAGCAAGGGUCAGGGCCCUUCGGAUGUGGUUCCGGACCCCAUGGACAUGACCCUGGACAAGGCAGAGGCCGCCAUGGUGGCCAAGGAGCUGAAGCAGCUGCUGCUGGACGCUGUGCCUCUGAGUUGCAACCUGCCCAAGGCCACCCUGCCCAACUACGACAACAUCCCGGGGAACCUCAUGCUGACCUCGCUGGGGCUGAAGCUGGGAGACCGGGUGCUGCUGGAUGACCUCAAGCCUCCACCAAAACCGUGCAGUGAUGUCACUACUUUGGUGCCACAUGUAAAACAGAAAGGGACACUUCGUUUCUGCGGGACCACAGAGUUUGCCAGCGGUCAGUGGGUGGGAGUGGAGCUGGACGAGCCAGAGGGCAAGAACGAUGGGAGCGUGGGCGGGGUGCGCUACUUUAUCUGCCCCCCCAAACUCGGGAUCUUUGCCCCGCUGUCUAAAAUCAGCAAGGUCGUGACAGACCAGACCCCGUCUUCCGUGACCUCCACCCCCAAGACCCCCCGCAUGGUGUUCUCCCGCGUCACCGGCAAGGCCAAAAAGGAGAAGAAAGAGAAAGAAAAAGAGAAGGCUCUGAGGAAGAAAUCUCUAUCAGUGGGCAGCCUAGAUCGCGAAGGGUUAAAGAUCGAACUGGGGGAUAAAGUUCUGGUCGCCGGGCAGAAGCAAGGAAUCGUCCGGUUCUAUGGGAAGACUGACUUUGCUCCGGGUUACUGGUUUGGCGUAGAGUUGGAGGUGCCCACUGGGAAGCACGAUGGCUCAGUAUUUGGGGUCCGGUACUUUACCUGCCUGCCGAAGCACGGGGUCUUCGCGCCCCCCUCCCGAGUGCAAAGACUUAGCGGCCCUAAAGACUCUCAAAGUGAUGACACCGUAGUUAAGAAAGUCCACCAAGUAACUAUGUCUCAGCCCAAGCGUAACUUUGCCACAGUGAGAACCCCCAAGGAUAUCACUUCUGAGAGUUCGCUCUCCAGGUUACUCUUCUGCUGUUGGUUUCCUUGGAUGGUCCGAGCCGAGAUGCAGUCCUAACCGCUGACUGCCUCUGAUCGACUGUUCUCCCACUCUCCCUCGCUCUUCCUCUUCAGUACUCGUCUUUUCAUUUCUGCUUUUCGGGAGAACUGACCAAGACUGUAGCCGUGAUUUAUUACUUACCGUAGAAUCCCAGUGGUCGCAGUCCUAUAGCAAAUCCUAGUGCCUUGUACUUAGACUAACUCCCUGCAUUCCAUCUCUUACACUCAACACUCUUUUCUCCAGAGGUACUGACCAGACAAAGGGGUGCUUACAGUACCUUUGUGUACCUUUCUGUUUUGCUGUAACAAAAUACAUUUAAGAAAAUGUAUCCUAUUGAUUUUGAACCUGUCUAGGGCGAAUCCACUUCAAAGCUAUUAAUAAUGUGACAAGUCACUUGACCACAUCAACUCCUGCAGUAGUUUUUGUUUUUUGUGUUUGUUUUCUAAAUGUAAACAUUUCAUCUUACCAGCACUUAAAACAAAUAACCAAGCGUGGUCAUGUUAACGUUUUGAAAUGGUUCCGUGUACAUUUUAGUUUGUUUUCGAUUUUAGUUCUGUAACCUUAGCAGGAUUUAGUUCACUUUUUAAAUUGAAUUUUAAAAUAAUUUUCUGGUUUCAAUCUUUACACAUAGGUGUCUUUUUUUAAAGUAAAUCAUACAACACUCUCUAGUAAUUACAUGAAACACAUCAGUGCGACAUAACCUAAAACGUGUGGUACUUCACAUCCACCGGGGGCAGAGUGUUGCAGGGGGGACAGGUUAAUGGUUACACUCUGGUAUACCAGCUUCACUUGCAGGUUAGACGUGAUUCUGAGAGCGCUGAGGCUUUAACCCUUUGCGGUUCUAUGUUGGACCAGGUCCGACAUUAACAAAAA